GGGGGGAGAGCAGAAGAAAUGAAGCAGAACUGAGUAGUUUUACAAUGUUAAAUCUAUCGUAUUCAAUUAAUGUUUGGAGAUGGGCAUCGUUUCGAGGAGAUGGAGAGGACUUUAGGGGGUGGACACACACAUACGCACGAACCAUUCCAGAGCCUGGAGCAGCAAUGAAUGUUGUUUUGAAUGUCAACUUUUGGAGGGCCUUUGUUUUGCUUGCUUUGCAUAAAAGCAACAGUUCUGAAAUGCAAAAUGCAGUAGAAAAAAAUAUAUUAUUGAAACACUGCACCACUGAAAAAGCAACGCCCCUUCCCGCGGCUUGUCAUUCUUUGACCCAAGACCCUGUUUCCAACAUCCACCCCCCCAACUUGGCUCACCAAUUCUACAAAAAAAAAAAUCCUUCCUAGUACGAAACAAUACGCCAACGGAGACUGCAAGAACGAACAGGUUGUUUUAACCCAUCUGCUGACGUGGAAGAAACCGGGCUGCAAUUUGCAGAAGAACCAGCGAUUCGUUUUCCUGGUUUGCCCAAACGGAUUGUGUCAAAAAGUCUAACUCGAGGCAGUUUUGGGAUAACCUCGACGUACGGAGGCUUUUUCUUUUCCUUGUCUACUCGCAAGAGUCAAAGGCGUAAAGAAGCAAACGUUCCCAGAGGUCCUGAACUGCCCAUUGCUGGACUUGCCCAUCUUCCUCCAAUCUUUGAGAUUUUAUUCGACUUGCAAAGAACUGGAGGCGCACAUGCUCGUCGCGCCGUCUUACUGCUCGACACAAGAACCAUCUGCCGGGCGAAAUGCAGUCGCAAGAGCAGCAACCGCACUCGCUAUCUAACAGACCGCUACUGGAUUCUUCUACUACGUCUUCCCUUCCUCGGCCUUCAGACAACCUGUACGGCACCGACCAAAUGUCUUCAAACACCUACUACCUCGAAACUCUACGGGACUCUAGCAGUGAUAAACUGUCCGAUGUGCCUUCGUUCAGCAAAAAGUUGACUGUGAAUGGAGGAGCCAGCAAUGGAGCUACAACCUUUAGAAGGGCCAGGGCAGAGACUUUCUCUUUUUUUCCAUCUAAACUGCUUCCAGAGGAGACGUCUGCUGCAGCACCCACACCUAGUACAUCCUCGAGUAUAAUGGCCUCCCGUCACCGCUCUGGGUCCCUUUCCCUUCCUCGCACUGGCAUAUCUGGCGCAUUUGGCCCUUCAUUGUUUGCCACAUCAUGGCAACCAUCCAGCACUAUGAACGGACUGGUAAGUGAGCGGCCGACGCCUUCAGAGUAUGCUAGCAGCGCAGGCGGGGAGGACGAAACCACUGCGGUUGCACGAACCUUGGAUUAUCUUGGAUUGGAUGAUCCCGUUCUAGAAAACGGGCGACACUUCGCUCAGAGCGCACAGUAUCCGCAAAUGUCCCGAGGGGUUGUUCCAAACAGCCUGGGAUCCGUUUACGCGAACCGAGGGCGCUCCUACUCGGUGGCUGUGGGGGAGAACUUAUCAGUUUCCAUUCCCACGCCUUCUACAUAUCGCCCGCGUGCAUCAUCCAUUGCGUUUUUGGAAAGCACUGCAGAUAGUGACAUUCAGGCAUUACGAAGAAGUUUAGCCCGCGGAGAGCUCGAACUAGAGAUGGAGAGUCCGGAUUCGGAAAACAGGAGUGACAACGACCGGCAUCUCUCAUUGGGUAGAUCCAGCCCCAAAGACUAUGUGGUAUACGGCAUGGACCGAUCUUUCAAUGACUCUCCAACUCGCUUACAUCACGAACAUGCUCAUCCACACCAAAUUCCCACCCGUUCUUUGUGGAUCGGCAAUAUUGAUCCCACAUUAUCUCCGUCUGAUUUGUUGACAUUAUUUUCGCCAUUUGGCCCAAUUGAAUCUCUUCGCAUAUUGCCAGACAAGGAGUGUGCUUUCGUCAACUACGUGCGAGUAGAGGACGCAAUACGUGCACGUGAUGAGAUGCAAGGUGGUCGAGUUGGGAACUGCAUUGUCAGAAUUGGGUUUGGAAAGGCGGAGGCGAUCAAUGAUACGCAAGGGAUGCAGCCCACAAAGUCCCUAUGGAUCGGCAAUAUUCCACCUACCACGGAUCCCGCUGAACUUGAGGCACUAUUUACCGCAUACGGCCCGAUUGAAUCCGCUCGUGUUUUGACCCAUAAAAAUUGCGGUUUUGUUAAUUUCUACAGACUAGAAGACGCCAUGGAGGCCAGGAAGAAUAUGAACGGAAAGGAGAUUGGCGGAUCAGUUGUGAAGAUUGGAUACGCAAAGGUCCCUUCAAAAAGCGGAGAAGGGACAGCAACGCUUGCUGCGUCAGCGCUAGUUGGCACAUCCUUUAUGGGGACUGCUUCUCCAGCUCGCGACCGUUCCAACUCACUGUCAGGAGGAUUCAAUAAUUUUGCUACUGCCACGGGAUUGGCGGCUACGCCAACACCGCAAAUGUUGUACUCUCCCUCUCGUGCUAUUAACGGCGCCAGAGAAUUUGGUAUGACACCUCCGCCGCCUCCUUUCCCCGUAAAUUUGGAAGCAAAUGUGCCAGCUAUCAGCGGAGCAGCCCAGACUGGUAGUACACGUCACAGUAUUGGAGGUGGCUAUCCUGAGGAGCAGAUGAUGGCUUUGGCAUUAGCAGGUGCGGCCAAUAAGGAGCUGAAUGGAAUGGAAACGUUAGAUUCGCUGUGGAAUGGUCAGAAUCCCAACGAAACGUACGCAUCCGCAAUACCACCGGUUCCUGAGCCUAAACCGAAUCGACGCGUGGAUCAAAGUCGAUUACGGGAAAUGCGCAAACGACUGGAGGGGCAUGUGACCAUGAAAGACGUGGAGGCCAUUUUCAAUGAAGUCGUGGAGGAGACUGUAGACCUAUGUACAGAUUAUAUUGGGAAUGUUGUUAUUCAGAAAAUUAUCGAAAAGAGUUCCGACCAACAUCGUCUGCGCUUAGUUGAGAAGGUGGCUCCCCACAUGGCGGCUAUUGGAAUUCACAAAAAUGGCACAUGGGUAGUGCAAAAGAUGAUUGACUAUGCAAAGACGACUUCUCAGAUACAGCUCAUUGUAACCGCUCUCAAGCCAUUCACUCCGCCCCUCCUUCUGGAUCAGUUUGGAAAUUACGUGGUCCAAUGCUGCUUGCGUCUCGGAACCCACCGUAACCAGUUUGUCUUUGACGCGACGCAUGCUAAAUGUUGGGAAGUUGGACAAGGUCGAUUUGGAGCUCGUGCCAUGCGGGCGUGUCUCGAGAGCCAGUACACCACUAAAAGACAGCAAAAGUUUGUGGCCGAAGCGAUCGUGCAUAACGCAAUUCAACUUGCCACGAAUCCCAACGGAGCUAUUUGAUUACAUGGCUACUAGAUACCAGCAGUCUACCUGGGCGAUAUCAAGCCCUGGCUCCAAAAUUGGCUCCGCACGUUCCGACUUUGUGCACCCACAAGCUCGCAAGCGCAACGAUUUUGAAGCUUGUAAACCAAAGAGUGGAGUUGGAGGCUCGCGACCAGAUUAUUAAGGAGAUCUUCUUCCGCGAUGAUUCUUCCCUUGAGCAGAUACUCGCUGAUCAAAUUCACGGAGUUUCCGUUAUUCAAAAGAUCCUUGCAUCUGCAUGCGUGUCUCCCGAGGAAAAGAUACGAUUAGCCGACAGGGUGAGGUCCGUACUUUCGCGCAUGUCUGAGGUCCGAGACAAUCAGAUGGGCUACAAGCGCCUUCUUGAUGAGCUGAGCGUCAUUCCUUCGUCCCUCGGGGUCGGAGCUGGUAUUGGCGGGGGACCCGCUGGAUUAUCAUUGUCAAUGCCGCCUACGGGCGGGAAUGGGUUUGGAGACCCUAGCCAAGAGGUCGUCAGCCCAUUAGCGCCGCAACAUCCAGGCAUCUCGUACUCCUCUGCCCCAGCAAUGACCGCAGCUGGCAUGUAUGGUUCGAACGGUGGCAACAUGAGCAACAGCCCGCAGCAGCCUGUUCCUGGAUGGUACGGCGCUGCUGGCCUUGCGCAGCUGCCCACUCCAAGUCACUCUCCCCAACCUGGGCUCUAUGUUCCCGGUGGUGCAGGAGGACAUUAUGGCAUGAACAUGACAGGAUAUCACGGUUUGCCAGGAUCACCAUAUUCCAGCAUGCCCGGCCUCCCUCCAAUGUCAAUUCCGGCCGGUGCGUACUAUACCGGCGGAAGUUACCCUCCAAGCCCUCAACAUGUUGCAGCUUUCCAACAGCACCAACACCAUGCGAUGCAGGCUCAAGCGGCCAUUAACUCGCAUUCAGUGGUUGCGAACAGUGGCCAACAGCGUCGUCAGAGUGACGGUAUUUCUCCAGAUUCAUCAAGCCCCAACGCCGUAGAACCCGAGCAGGGCGACCGCUGAGAACUCUACUCAAAACGGACGAUAUCACUUGGACCAAUGAUCUACAACCCGUAUUAUUUCAACCAGUUUGCGAACGUCAAGUUCAUUUUCCAUAGCAUCGUCUAAUCGCUCCUACGAUUUCGUAAUAUUUGGGUUGUUUCAUUUCUUUUUUUUUUUAUCAUGAGAUUUUUGUCCCUAGUUGUUCCACAAUGACUUGGGAAAGUGUAUAGUUGGGAGAUUAAGUGAGGAUGGAUACUCUGGGUGGGCUGAUACUUUGGUUAUUUGGGGCGCGUCUUUGUUUUACUUUUGGGCAUUGACUCUCUUUCGGUCUUCGAGUAUUUUUUGUAAUGGUGCUCAGUCCUUAUUUGUGUAAAAUCGUAUCAUUGGCAUAUGGCGUAAUGCAUAAAGUGUACCUUUACG